AUGGCGGGCAAAUCGAACAGGGGGAAGAAUCGCAAAGGGUCACAUCAAAGUGCUGCAAGUUCUUUAGAGCAGACACCAUCAUCUGAUGUUCCAUUGAAUAGUAGCUCGAAUGGUUCCGAUGCAAAUGGAACUGUCACUGCUACUGAUUCAACUAACAUGGACUCUGAGGUGAAGGACAAGCAAAAUGCAUCCAAUCAGACCCAGCGUAAGCAAGCUGACAUUCAACUUUAUCCUGUUUCUGUAAAGACACAAGGAGGCGAUAAGCUUGAGCUUCAAUUGAGCCCUGGAGAUUCUGUGAUGGAUGUGAGGCAAUUUCUUCUUGAUGCCCCUGAGACGUGUUAUUUUACUUGCUAUGAUUUGUUACUGCACACAAAGGAUGGUUCUGUUCAUCAUCUAGAAGAUUAUAAUGAAGUUUCUGAAGUUGCUGAUAUCACUUUUGGAAACUGCUUUCUGGAGAUGGUUGCUGCGUUAUAUGAUGAUAGAUCCGUCAGGGCUCAUGUUCAUCGCACAAGAGAGUUGCUUUCUCUUUCAACAUUGCAUUCUUCUCUGUCCACGAUGCUUGCACUACAACAUGAGACGGGGCAAAAAACAUCUGCAAGUCUAGGAGAUGCUGCAAAAGCUGAAGUGCGAGAACUUGACAAUUUGGGUUUUAUGGAGAACGUCUCUGCUUCACUUACUAAUUUGUUGUCAUUGCCUUCCAAAGAGAUCAAAUGUGUGGAGAGUAUUGUUUUCUCUUCGUUUAAUCCUCCUCCUGGCUACAGAAGGCUUUCUGGAGACUUGAUCUAUUUGGAUGUGUUGACCCUCGAAGGAAAUAAAUAUUGUGUAACCGGAACAACCAAGGGUUUUUAUGUAAACUCGAGCUCGGGGAACAUUUUAGAUCCAAGGCCAAACAAAACUGCUUCUGAAGCAACAACCCUUAUUGGACUUCUGCAGAAGAUUAGCCCCAAGUUCAAGAAAGCUUUUCGUGAAAUUUUGGAGCAGAAGGCCUCUGCACAUCCUUUUGAAAAUGUUCAGUCUCUGUUGCCACCUAAUUCAUGGCUUGGAUUGUAUCCUGUUCCUGAUCACAAACGUGAUGCAUCGAGGGCUGAAAAUUCUCUGACUCUUUCUUUUGGAAGUGAGCUGAUUGGCAUGCAGAGAGAUUGGAAUGAAGAGUUGCAGUCUUGUCGUGAGUUCCCACACACAACACCUCAGGAAAGGAUCUUAAGAGAUAGAGCUCUCUACAAAGUGACCUCUGACUUCGUUGAUGCUGCAACUAGUGGUGCCAUUGGAGUGAUUAGCAGAUGUAUUCCACCAAUCAAUCCAACUGAUCCAGAGUGCUUUCACAUGUAUGUUCACAACAAUAUAUUCUUUAGUUUUGCUGUUGAUGCGGACCUUGAGCAGUUGCCCAGAAAGCAAGCAUUGGCAGAUAACUCUAAGAUUGAGAACACUGCUCUUUCACAGAGUUUGUGUGAAAAGUCAAACAGCAAUGUGCCACAAGGUACAUCUAGCAUUUCUGAUGGGGAUGAAUCUGGUGUCCCCAAGGCAGAAAAUAGUAAUGGCGAAGAGGCGCUGUCUCCUGACAUGCCCGCUGAGGCUCAGUUAGCUGAAAGUGAGCAAGCCACAUAUGCAAGUGCAAAUAAUGAUUUGAAAGGCACCAAGGCAUACCAGGAAGCUGAUGUUCCUGGAUUGUACAAUCUUGCUAUGGCGAUUAUUGAUUACAGAGGUCAUAGAGUAGUAGCACAGAGUGUCUUGCCCGGCAUCCUUCAAGGGGAUAAAUCAGACUCCCUUUUGUAUGGUUCGGUUGACAAUGGCAAGAAAAUUUGCUGGAAUGAAGAUUUUCAUUCCAAGGUUGUGAAAGCUGCCAAACGUCUCCAUCUGAAAGAGCACACUGUCCUUGAUGGAUCUGGAAAUGUUUUCAAACUAGCUGCACCAGUGGAAUGCAAGGGCAUUGUUGGUAGUGAUGACAGGCACUAUCUCUUGGACUUGAUGAGAGUCACUCCUCGUGAUGCUAACUAUACUGGACCUGGUUCUAGAUUUUGUAUAUUGAGACCUGAAUUGAUAACCGCCUUUUGCCAUGCUGAAGCAGCUGAGAAGUCGAAGUCCACAUGUGAAUCAGAAAGGAAUGUUCCCCUUGCCACCGAUUCUUCAAAUGUGAAUAACGUCGACCUUGUAAAAGCUGUGGAAAAUGCUACAUCAGUAGGUUCUGAUACACAGUUUAUGAAUUUUCUUAGCUGUAGUCUCUUCAUAGGGGAGAAUGCAAGCUCUAACGCUCAGAAGGCUGAUGAGCUUGCCUAUCCAUGUGAAAAGCAGACAUCGCAAGAAUGUGAUUCUCAGUCUAGUAUUAAAGAUUCAACUGAAGAGAUGUUGUUCAAUCCUAAUGUCUUUACUGAAUUUAAGCUUGCUGGGAGUCAAGAGGAGAUAACAGCAGAUGAGGAAAACGUGAGGAGAGCAAGUUUGCAUGUGAAAGAUUUUGUGCUACCGAAAUUGAUACAAGAUCUUUGCAAGCUCGAAGUUUCACCUAUGGAUGGACAAACUUUAACUGAGGCACUCCAUGCUCAUGGGGUUAAUGUCCGAUAUAUUGGAAAAGUUGCUGAAGGGACCAAACAUUUACCUCACUUAUGGGAUCUUUGUUGCAAUGAGAUAGUUGUCAGAUCUGCAAAGCAUAUUCUUAAGGACAUCUUGAGGGAUACAGAGGAUCAUGAUCUUGGGAAUGCAAUUUCACAUUUUUUCAAUUGUUUGUUUGGAGAUGUACAAACUGUUUCUGUUAAAGGUGUUCCAAACAAUACACAUUCCAAAAAUUCAAAGAAGGCUCCAGGGAAGUCUUUCAAGGAACAAGCCAAGUAUAAAAAUGGAGAAUCCACAAGAAAGAAGCAAUCCUCAUACUUGAGUAUUACAUCUGAUAGUUUGUGGUCUGACAUCCAGGAGCUUGCACAAAUCAAAUACCAGUUUGACUUGCCAGAAGAUGCAAGAAUGCUGGUGAAGAAAAUUUCAGUUAUUAGGAACCUUUCCCAAAAGGUUGGAAUCACCAUUGCUGCUCGCAAGUAUGCUCUUGAUGCUGCAGCGCCUUUCCAGGUUUCAGAUAUUUUGGAUCUUCAACCAGUAAUAAAGCAUUCAAUUCCAGUUUGCUCCGAAGCUGAGGAUCUCAUAGAAACUGGAAAGGUUCAAUUAGCUGAGGGAAUGCUUAGUGAAGCCUACACACUGUUCUCUGAGGCAUUUACAAUCCUCCAGCAGGUCACUGGUCCAAUGCAUCGAGAGGUUGCUAACUGUUGUCGCUACCUGGCCAUGGUUCUAUAUCAUGCUGGAGAUAUGGCUGGAGCCAUAAUGCAACAACACAAGGAACUUAUCAUAAAUGAGCGCUGCUUAGGAUUGGACCACCCCGACACUGCGCACAGUUAUGGAAAUAUGGCUUUAUUCUACCAUGGUCUUAAUCAAACAGAACUUGCCCUGCGGCACAUGUCCCGGGCAUUACUUCUGUUAAGUUUGUCAUCCGGCCCAGACCACCCAGAUGUUGCUGCAACUUUUAUAAAUGUUGCAAUGAUGUAUCAAGAUAUUGGAAAGAUGGAUACAGCCCUUCGUUAUUUGCAAGAAGCCUUGAAAAAGAACGAAAGACUGCUGGGAGAGGAACACAUUCAAACUGCUGUGUGCUAUCAUGCUCUGGCAAUUGCAUUCAACUGUAUGGGCGCCUUCAAGCUCUCGCACCAGCAUGAGAAGAAAACAUAUGAUAUUCUCGUUAAACAACUUGGAGAAGAUGACUCUAGGACGCAGGAUUCUCAAAACUGGAUGAAAACAUUUAAGACGCGCGAGAUGCAGAUGAAUGCACAUAAGCAGAAAGGUCAAGCUUUGAAUGCUGCUUCUACUCAAAAGGCCAUCGAUAUUUUAAAGGCUCAUCCUGAUCUAAUACAUGCUUUUCAAGCCGCUGCUGCUGCUGGAGGAUCCGGUACUUCUGGUGCUGCUUUAAACAAACCGGUCCACACCAGUAUUGGUAGUGAAGCACUUCCCCGAGGACGGGGUGUAGAUGAAAGAGCAGCUCGAGCUGCUGCAGAGGUUCGAAAGAAAGCUGCUGCAAGGGGUCUUUUGAUCCGACCACAUGGUGUUCCUGUCCAAGCUUUACCACCCCUUACCCAGCUUCUUAAUAUCAUAAACUCUGGAAUGACACCUGAUGGUGUGAACAACGAGGUUACUGAUGGAGAGAAAAAGGAAUCAAAUGGACAUGCUUCAAAUGAACCACACGUUCCCGAAGAGGACCUAUCCAAACCCGUUCAACAGGAUCAGACUCCAGUUGGACUGGGCUCCGGCUUGGCUGCAUUGGAUGCCAAAAAGCAGAAAACAAAAGCCAAAGCCACGUCUGAAGCUUGA